AUGUCCAAUUCACUUAUUGAUUGGUUGGAGAGCCUGGAGCUCUCUCAGCCCAUCGUUUGUCUAGAGACCGACUUCGCCGAUGGCUUCCUCUUUGCGGAGGUCCUACAGCGCCUCUCCCUCCUCCCUCACUUGCAUGGGUUCCAACGAGGCAGCAGCAGCACGAAAAGCAGCAGCAGCGGCAUCAACAGCAAUUGCAGCAGCGGCAAGAGCAGCAGCGGCAGCAGAGCAGCAGCAGCAACAGCUCUCAGCAGCGCUUUGACAGCAGAAGUGCAGAACUUCACUCUUUUAAAAAAUGCGUUGGCUAAAGUUGGAAUUCGCCUCAGCGCCUCUGCGAUGCAAAAUAUCACAAAUUUCAAGUCAGGGGCAGCAGCAAACCUGCUUAAACAAAUACGACAAGCAGCAGAAAGCAAAACCUUUGCUGCUGCUUGUGCCCCUGCUGCUGCUGUUGCUUCAUCGUUCAGCAGCUGCCCCCAGCCAGCCCCUCUGCAGCGGCAGCUGGGGGCUCCACCCCUCAGCAGCCUGAAUUUGCCGUCUUCGCCUUUGUCUGGUGCCUCUGCUGCUCCACUCAAAACCCCUAGCAGCAGAACUCCAUUGCUGCAGGGCGGGUCUGAACCCGCUGCUACAGCUGCUGCUGCUGCUGCUACAGUUGGUUCUAAUGGUGUUGGUGCAGCAGGAGUAGCAUCAGGAGCAGAAGGGAAAGGAGAGAUAUAUGGUGUGCAGCACUCCAGUGUUCGAGCUAAGCCGAAGGGAAGAAGUGCUGUGUUAGAGUGUAUCGACAGCUUUGAGAUGAAUUUGCAGCGACAGGGUUUAGGGAGCCCCUCGGCUGCUGUGGAUUUAUCUGCUGCUGCAUGCGGCGAGGAGGUGGAGACGGUGCUGCAGCAAAUGAAAGGAAAGCUCCCUUCACUGCAGAGCCAACAUGAUUACAAUCAACAACUGAUUUCUCGCUUGCAUACAGCAAGACAAGCACAGGAGGCUGCUUCAUAUGAACGCACAAGGCGUCGCCAGUUGCUGCUGAUGGAGCAGACAAAGCGCUGCAGAGAGGCUCUCAAUAGCCGCGUUGCUGCCGCUGCUGCUGCUGCUGCUGCUGCUCCUCCCCCUGCUGCUUCUUCUGCAGCAGCAGCAGGAGGAGCAGGAAGCAAGCGCCCUCUCAGCAGCAGCGCAGAAUUGAAAUCCACUGUACGCAGAGCAAGGCAAUAUGAAGAAGUGCUGCGGCAUAACUUGGAAGUGAAGCAGCAACUGCUGCAGCAGCAAGAAGCGAAGCGUUUGGAGGUGCAGCAGCGGCACAUGCAGCUGCAGCAGCAAACUCGUAGUAUCCUAACUGCAGCAGCAAUUGAAGAGCAGACAAAGAUAUGCAGAAGUGUAAACAGCAUUCGCCAAUCUUUAAAGCGCUCUCGACUAAUAGCAGAAUGCGAGCAGCUAGCCUAUCAUAUUGUAGAUAUUGUCUUAGCUGCCAGCAGCUACAAAGAAAAAUAUAAUACGAUAACAAUACCCCCGAGGGUGUGGCGUUCCUGGUUAAUAGACUUCGUUGCUGCAGACCCCACACAGCAGCAAGACAGCAGCAGCAACAGCAGCAGCAGCAGCAGCAGCAGUAAUUAUCCCUCAUUGCCGGUAUUUGUGCAUAUCCCUGCUUCCCCUCCGGGUGUACCGACAGCUCUGCUGCAGCGCAGCAGUGCAGCAGGCUCUCUUCCUGUUUCUUUUCUAGGAGAUAUUUUUGAUUAUUUUAAUUUAAAAGGCGUCUGGGCUGUCGAUACACAGCGCGAAAUAUUCCCAGGGGCCCCAACUCUGCCGCCCUUUGAAGACUUCAUGGCUUCAGUGCUGCGCCGCAGUGGAGAUAAUGAACAAAAUGCUGCACCUGCUGCUGCUGCUGCUGGUGGUGCUGCUGCUGGUGGUGCUGCUGCUGGUGCUGCUGGUGGUGGUGGUGCUGCUGCUGCUGGUGGUGCUGCUGCUGCUGGUAGUGCUGCUGCUGCGGCGCCCGUUGCACACAAUCCGCAGCAGCCUCAGACAACUCCCAGAGACGAAACAGCGGCAGCCACAGCAGCAGCAACAGCAGCAGCAGAAUCAGCAACAGACGGGGCAGCAGGAGGAGCGCCGAGCGCAGAUGGAUCUUCGCUAAGUGCUGCUGGUGGUGGUGGUGCUGCUGCUGCUCUAGCAGCAGCAGUAAGCAGCGUUGGUGCUGAUGCUGGCUUGCAAGAGGAGCCUCGUUUAGAGGAGUUGGGUUUAUUUGUUAGCCGUUUGCUUGACCUCAGCAGAGCAGAAGAAGCUGCUGCUGCUUCUAUUGAACUUCCUGCUGCUGCUCUCCGCCUUAUAAUAACAGGGAAGCCACAGAGCGGGCAAGAGGAGUUGGCGCUGCAGUUAGCUGCGCAUUAUAAACUUCAAAUCAUUCGGUUAGAAGACAUACUCCAAGAAGCAAUUGAAGCUGCUGCUGCUGCUGCUGCUGCUGCGGAAACUGCUGCUGCAAAUGCAGACUCCUCAGCCGCUACAAACAGCAACGCGGAGCAAAAGCCCGAACCUCCAACUGCAGCAGCAGCAGUAGCAUCAGGUGCAGCAGGAGCAGCAGCAGCAGCAGCAGAUGAAGGCUCAUCUUUAGCGUUAUUAGGGCAGCAAGCGAAGCAGCAUUUGCUGCAGGGGGAGCCUCUUCCAGAAGAUUUAUCUGUUGAUUUAAUAUUAACUAAACUAAAAAGCUUAUUUCCUCCAAACUCAGCAGACACCGCAGAAGAGCAGCUGAAAAGGCUCUGUCCGCAUGCAUUCAUUGAUAAGCCCCCAGCUCAACCGCCCAACGCCCCUGUACAAGCAGCAGCGAACAACAGCAACAGCAGCAGCAGCAGCAGCAGCAGCAGCAGCAGCAGCAGCAAGGGAGGCAGCAACAACCGGCGAAACAACAAAGGAGGAGGCAAAGUAAAUGGUAUUGCUGGCGAUCGCACAGCAGCUGCUGCAGAGAUGCAUGCGCCUUCUUCAGGUACUUUGCAAGAGGGUUGCGCUGAGGUGCACCUGUUGCUGGAUUUGCCGUAUGAAGUUUUAUUAGGGCGGUGGGCAGCAGCAGCAGCACCAGCAGCAGCAGCAGCAGAAGAUGAAGAAGCAAAGAAACAAACAGCAGCAAAUGAUGCUGCUGCUGCUGCUUCUGAAAAAGAAACAGCAGCAGCUGAGACAACGGAACGCCAAACCAGCGAAACAAAUUCAAACCAAAUUGACAAGGUUUUGAAUUUGAAGGUGGAGGCCCUCAAAGCCAAAGAAAAAACUGCAGCAGCAGCAGCAGCAGCAGCAGAGUGUGCAGGCGCAGCAGCAACACCGGCAGGGGCAGCAGCAGGCGCAGCAGCAGCCGGUGAAACAGAAGCAGCACCAGCAGCUGCAGCAGCAGCAACAACAACAGGGCCUGCAACAGCAGCAGCAGCAAAGGGCAGCGGAGCUCCAGCUACUUCCACCGACGGUAGGUAUUGA